UUUCUUCUUCCACAAGAAACAACAACGAAGCCAUAUAUUCUUUUGUGUCUUAGUUGCUACUCUCACAUUACAUUAUCUGGGAUCAAAUAUGGCUCAUGUGGAUGGGCAAGUUGGAUAUAGCGAGGAAUUCAUCGAGAAUUCGCGGGGAAUGCAACUCUUAACAUGCAAAUGGUUUCCAGUCAAUCAAGAACCAAGAGCUCUCAUCUUCUUUUGCCAUGGCUAUGCAAUUGAUUGCAGCACCACCUUUAAAGAUAUAGCACCUAAGUUUGCAAAAGAAGGUUUUGCUGUGCAUGGAAUUGAAUAUGAAGGGCAUGGGAGAUCAAGCGGUCUCUCUGUCUACAUUGAUAACUUCGAUCUUCUCAUCGAUGAUGUCUCUUCACAUUUCUCCAAAAUAUCUGAGAUGGGAGAUAACACAAAGAAGAAGAGGUUUUUGAUGGGAGAGUCGAUGGGAGGAGCAGUAGUCCUUCUCUUGCACCGCAAGAAACCCGAGUUCUGGGAUGGAGGAAUCCUUAUUGCACCCAUGUGUAAGAUUGCUGAGGAGAUGAAACCAUCACGAAUGGUUAUAUCUAUGAUAAAUAUGGUUACAAAUCUGAUCCCAUCAUGGAAAUCGAUAAUUCAUGGACCCGAUAUCCUUAAUAGCGCGAUUAAACUGCCUGAAAAGAGACAUGAGAUAAGAACGAAUCCAAAUUGCUACAAUGGAUGGCCUCGUAUGAAGACAAUGAGCGAGCUUUUCAGAAUCAGCCUCGAUCUAGAGAACCGUUUGAACGAGGUGACAAUGCCAUUCAUAGUCUUGCAUGGAGAAGAUGAUAAAGUGACAGAUAAAGGAGGGAGCAAACUGCUUUAUGAGGUGGCUUUGUCUAAUGACAAGACUUUGAAGUUGUAUCCAGAAAUGUGGCAUAGCCUUCUUUUUGGAGAGCCUCCGGAGAAUUCAGAGAUUGUGUUCAAUGACAUUGUCCAAUGGAUGCAGACAAGAAUCACUACUCUUCAAGUAAAGGCUAAUAAUCAUGAAGCAAAAACCUCAAAUCUGAUUACCUCAGAUUCGGUUUAGACUAUAACCACGUCUUGUUUUUUGCUCCAAGUGAGACUAUAUUUUUUUCUUUCCAAGGUCUGAAUAGAUAAAGGCUGCAUGAUAGCUUAUCAGAUUAUAGAUGGUUUUUGGAAACCAUUUUUUUUUUUUUUUUGUAAACAAGAUUUGUAUUUUUAAUUUUUUGGAUGUUCUUGUGAUUGUCUCUUCUAAAGCACUACUGAUUUAACUAAAUACAAUUUGAAUUAUUUUUGAAAAAUAUCAAUUAAUA